AUGUGUGACAAUGGCGCGCCCGCCCGCCCUUUGCCCGAAGCGAGUCACGCCGGCGCCCGCCAUCUAUCGGCAGAGCAAGGACAUCCCGCGUCCCUCCAGAGCAAAGCAUUACGUAAUCCGGGAACACGUAGGUUGGCCGCAGCGCAAGAGGCGGCGGGCGCGCAGGCUCGCGCGGCGCCAGCUGAUACCAUGGGCGGCGCGCACCAGCCCGCUACACCGGGGCCCAGCUCGCUCUUUAUAUUCUCCGACGAAAAUCCUAUACGGAGAUAUACAAAGUUCAUUAUCGAGUGGCCGCCCUUCGAGUACGCGGUGCUGCUCACCAUCAUCGCCAACUGUGUGGUGCUGGCGCUCGAAGAGCAUCUGCCGAACGGCGAUAAGACCAUCUUAGCACAGAAUCUGGAAAAGACCGAGGCGUACUUUUUAGCAAUAUUUUGUGUAGAAGCCUCGUUAAAAAUUCUAGCCUUAGGUUUUGUUUUACACAGAGGAUCGUAUCUUAGAAACGUUUGGAACAUAAUGGAUUUUUUCGUAGUAGUAACUGGUAUCAUCACGCAGAUGCCGGAGGUGGCGCCCGAAGUCGACUUCCGGACCUUGCGUGCCAUUAGGGUGCUGAGGCCCCUUAAAUUAGUAUCGGGCGUUCCUAGUCUGCAAGUUGUAUUGAAGUCCAUCAUCAAGGCGAUGGCCCCGUUGCUACAGAUCGGCCUGUUGGUGCUUUUCGCCAUUGUCAUAUUCGCCAUUAUUGGCCUUGAGUUUUAUUCAGGGGCAUUACAUAAGACUUGUUAUAGUUUAGAAGAUAUAAAUGAAAUAGUAAAUGAUGGAGAUAACCCAACACCAUGCAACGCAGACAAUGAAACGCUCGCUCCUUAUGGCGCGCAUGUUUGCACGUACGAUAAGAGCACGUGUUUGGAGAAAUGGGAGGGUCCCAAUAGGGGCAUAACGUCUUUUGAUAACAUCGGCUUCGCUAUGCUCACCGUCUUCCAGUGCAUCACUAUGGAGGGCUGGACAGCCAUCCUCUAUUGGACGAACGACGCGUUAGGCAGCACGUUCAACUGGAUUUACUUUGUGCCUCUCAUAGUAUUGGGUUCAUUCUUCAUGCUCAACUUAGUUCUCGGUGUACUUAGCGGUGAAUUUGCUAAAGAAAGAGAGAAAGUAGAAAAUAGACAAGAAUUUCUUAAAAUAAGAAGACAACAAAUGUUAGAAAGAGAACUCAAUGGUUAUGUUGAGUGGAUAUGUAAAGCAGAGGAGGUUAUAUUAGCUGAAGAGAGAACAACAGAAGAAGAAAGAAUGCAUAUAAUAGAAGCUCGAAGAAGAGCAGCAGCAAAGAAAAAAUUAAAAAACAUGGGAAAAAGUAAAAGCACAGAUACAGAAGAGGAAGAACAAGAUGAAGACUGUGGAGAUGACGGGUUUUUGAAAAGCAAAACGAGAUCAGCUGGCAAAUGUGCGGAUUUCUGGCGAGCGGAAAAGAGGUUUCGCUUUUGGAUCCGACACACGGUUAAGACGCAGUGGUUCUAUUGGUUCGUCAUUGUUUUGGUGCUCUUCAACACCAUAUGCGUUGCUGUUGAGCACUAUAGACAACCUAAGUGGCUUACUUCGUUUUUAUAUUUUGCCGAAUUUGUGUUCUUGGGGCUGUUCAUGAUGGAGAUGUGGAUAAAAAUGUACGCACUCGGUCCACGCAUUUACUUCGAAUCAUCGUUCAACCGCUUCGACUGUGUUGUCAUAUCGGGCUCCAUUUUCGAAGUGGUCUGGUCCGAAGUAAAGGGAGGCUCGUUCGGCCUCUCAGUCCUUAGGGCUUUAAGAUUGUUAAGGAUAUUUAAGGUCACAAAAUACUGGUCGUCCCUACGAAAUCUAGUGAUAUCUCUUCUAAACUCGAUGCGGUCGAUCAUUUCUCUGUUGUUUCUACUCUUCUUGUUCAUUCUCAUCUUUGCACUUCUUGGGAUGCAAUUGUUUGGAGGGCAGUUCAAUUUUGAGGAAGGAACACCGCCCACCAAUUUUAACACGUUCCCAAUUGCUUUGCUUACUGUCUUCCAGAUCCUAACAGGAGAGGAUUGGAACGAAGUGAUGUACCACGGAAUCCAAUCCCAAGGUGGUAUUCAGAGAGGAAUGCUGUAUUCAUUAUAUUUUGUCAUCCUCGUGUUAUUUGGGAACUACACGCUGCUAAAUGUGUUCCUUGCUAUCGCUGUUGACAACUUGGCUAAUGCUCAGGAAUUAACCGCAGCAGAAGAGGAACAAAUCGAGGAGGACAAAGAGAAGCAAUCGCAAGAAUUGGAGAAAGAGAUGGACGCAUUACACGCGAUCGAUGGAACUCCAAGUGGAGACAAAGUUUCGGCGUCAGCCAGGAAGAAGGAAGAGGCCAAAAAGGAGGAUGAGGAAGUACCAGAUGGACCAAAACCAAUGCUGCCAUAUUCGUCCAUGUUUAUUUUGUCACCUACAAAUCCAAUAAGACGAGGCGCACACUGGAUUGUAAACUUAAGAUAUUUUGAUUUUUUUAUCAUGUUAGUUAUAUCGAUGAGUUCUGUGGCUUUAGCGGCGGAAGAUCCCGUAGAUGAGAAUAGUCACAGGAACAAAGUGCUAAACUACUUCGACUACGCUUUUACGGGUGUGUUCACCGUGGAGAUGCUGCUAAAGAUCGUCGAUCUUGGCAUCCUGUUCCAUCCGGGCGCGUACCUGCGCGACUUAUGGAACAUUAUGGACGCAGCCGUCGUCAUUUGUGCUCUUGUCAGCUUCGGUUUCGAAAUCGGAGGCAAAAAGGGGGCGGGGCAGAACUUGUCCACGAUAAAAUCUUUGCGUGUGCUGAGGGUGCUCAGGCCUUUAAAAACGAUUAAACGUGUUCCAAAGCUAAAGGCAGUGUUUGACUGUGUCGUGAACUCUUUGAAGAACGUCAUAAACAUUCUAAUAGUGUACAUAUUGUUUCAAUUCAUAUUCGCGGUAAUUGCAGUUCAACUUUUUAAUGGUAAAUUUUUUUACUGCAACGAUAUCAGUAAGAAUACUUUCGAAGACUGCCAAGGGUCGUAUUUCGUAUACGAAUCGAACAGCCUACUGCCGCGCGUGAGCAAGCGACAGUGGACAACACAAUCCUUCCAUUACGAUAACGUCGCAUCUGCCAUGCUCACGCUCUUUGCAGUGCAGACUGGAGAGGGCUGGCCACAAGUGUUACAAAACUCGAUGGCCGCCACCUACGAAGAUCGGGGACCUAUACAGAACUUUCGAAUAGAAAUGUCCAUAUUUUAUAUAGUUUACUUUGUAGUGUUUCCGUUCUUCUUCGUUAACAUAUUCGUAGCUUUGAUUAUUAUUACGUUUCAAGAACAGGGUGAAGCUGAGUUGCAAGAUGGCGAAAUCGAUAAGAAUCAGAAAUCGUGUAUAGACUUCACAAUAGAAGCGCGACCUUUAGAAAGGUAUAUGCCAAGUAAAAGGGGAAGCCUUAAGUACAAAGUAUGGAGAAUAGUUGUCUCCACACCCUUCGAGUACUUCAUCAUGGCACUGAUCGUGCUCAAUACAUUACUGCUUAUGAUGAAGUCUACAGAAUUCUUAGAAUCACCCGGGACGAUCAGAUCCCGAUUUCCAAUUUCAAAGUUGAAUAACGAAUUAAUUAUUUUCCUUGUCACGGGUUUAUCCAACAUCCUCAUCACAAAAUGGCAGUUCUAUAAUCAAAAUGAUCUCUACUCGGAUAUCCUCAAGUAUUCGAAUAUGGGGUUUACUGGAAUGUUUUCCGUGGAAACCGUGUUGAAAAUCAUCGCUUAUGGUGUCAAAUUUCACGAGGCUCCGCCAGUUCUCAUGGACGUGUUAACAGUCAUGAACAUUGUCUUUACGUUCUUCUUCCUUCUCGAGACCGUUCUGAAGUUAAUCGCGUUCGGAUGUACGAAUUUUUUCAAGGACCCUUGGAAUACAUUUGAUUUUAUAACGGUCAUUGGGAGCAUUAUUGACGCGCUCAUAAUGGAAUUUGGUAGUGACCUUGCUGAAAACUGUGCUGACAUAUCCUGUCAGCAGGAAAACACGUUCAACGUCGGUUUCCUUCGCCUGUUUCGAGCCGCGCGACUGAUCAAGCUGCUCCGACAAGGCUACACCAUCCGAAUACUUCUAUGGACGUUCGUGCAGAGUUUCAAAGCCUUACCCUAUGUGUGCCUUCUCAUCGCGAUGUUAUUUUUCAUCUACGCCAUCAUUGGAAUGCAGGUGUUCGGAAAUAUAGAAUUAGCAGCAGAGUCUGAUAUGAAUAGGCAUAAUAAUUUUCGGAGCUUCAUUCAAGCGCUUAUGUUACUAUUUCGAUGUGCAACGGGUGAGUCGUGGCCAAAUAUAAUGUUGGCAUGUCUCAAACCCGCGAAAUGUGAUAAAGAAGCCGGUAAGCCACCAUCUGAGAUGUGUGGUAGUACUCUAGCGUACGCGUACUUUGUAUCUUUCAUAUUCUUCUGUUCGUUUCUGAUGUUGAAUCUUUUCGUCGCUGUUAUCAUGGAUAAUUUCGAUUACCUGACAAGAGACUCAUCGAUCCUCGGUGCGCAUCAUCUAGACGAAUUUGUUAGGAUAUGGGCCGAAUAUGAUCCAAACGCAACGGGGAAGAUCCAUUACACAGAAAUGUAUGAUAUGUUAAAAAAUAUGGACCCGCCGUUGGGGUUUGGAAAUAAAUGUCCCAAUAGAUUAGCAUAUAAAAAAUUAAUAAGAAUGAAUAUGCCGUUAGAUGAAGAAGGGAAAGUGAAUUUUACGACAACGCUGUUCGCGUUAAUCCGAGAGAAUCUUAGUAUCAAGAUGAGAUCAGCUGAAGAAAUGGACCAAGCAGACGAAGAAUUAAGGGAAACCAUUACUCGUAUAUGGCCACUGCAAGCAAAAAAGAUGAUUGAUCUAUUAGUGCCUCGAAGUGAUGUACUCAACGCUGGGAAACUAACCGUGGGAAAGAUCUACGCGGGACUCCUCAUCCUUGAAAGUUGGAGAUCGACUAGGUUUGGCCAGACUGAACCCCAGGGCGUUCCGUUUAGUACAGUUUUAUAUCAAUAUGAGCCGAUGAAUUCGGAUCAUGAGCAUGCGCAAGUGGGCGAAGAUGAAGUCAAAUGCCUGGUGCAGAAGGCGUCCUUCUUUAACUGCUUGCUGGAUGUGGCGGCGACGGGCCUGGGCCAUGGCUCGCGGACAGGUUCAUUGAGCGAAGGACAGAAUGGUACGGUACCAACCACGGAAGCUAAUGAAGAGGACCCUCACACCAUAGCGGAUCUAGCGAGACGAAGUACAAGGAAACCGCAUAACCUCGCACACUAUAUUUUACUAGGCACUGUUUUGGGUUCGCAAAGUUUCUUAACUUCGGUCUUAGAAUUACAAGAUGUGGGGUCUCAUCACGCGUCUAUGGAAUCUUUGGAUGACGGAAGAUUACAAGCAGCUCACACCUACCAAAAUGGGCACCACGGAAGAUCAUCUAGUUUAAGACGUACACCGAGCCCCAGACGAAGACACUACGGAGGGUAUAAUCACGAAAUUGGCUUCUCAGACACUGUCAACAAUGUCGUAGAGAUAGUCAAACACGAGCACCAACGACACGGACGAACACAUCGGGCGCCGCAUCACUACCAUGGGAAGGAGUGGAGGCCGGCGUACCCCACGACCAGCCUGAGCCUGCCUUCGCGGUCGCCCAGUCCGCCACACCACACCUACGGUGAGAUCCACUCGCCAUAUACACCGGUCCACAUAGCAUCAAACAAUAUACUUACGCCGAGCUUGAGCAAUUCAGUACAACAUCCGAGCGGGCACUGA